AUGGCUAGUGAUCGUUCCAAGCGCAAGGCCAGCGAUAGCCUCGAGGAGGAGUACUUUCCAACUAACAGCAAGACUGCACGUAGGCGCAAGCAAACAAUGCCCUCUGCGACUCGAUCUUCCGCGCGAAUUGCUGCCAGAGCCACCAGGCCCGACAAUCCCAGUCAUUCAGCGCCAAUUAUCUAUAACGACGACUUUCUAGGUAUCGGUAGUGGCAAUGGCGCAGCAGCCAACGUAACUGACUUCAACGCCCACUUACAUCCAGAUACCUCGAGAUACGCUGAGGUUUUCGGUGGCAUGAAUCAGGGCCUAUCUUCGCAAGCCCAAGGAGGCAUCUACGGAGCCAACCACAGCUUCGAUAUCGCGACUACGACCAACGUCAUCGGAAAUGGCAAUGGCCAGACUGCCUAUUACAAUGCGCCGUUGCCGCAUAUGGGUGAAGUUACAAGCAACGGCAUGACUGGCGGACGAGUCGGCGGCGCGUGGAUGAUGAACGACGGCUCGGAACAUGCGACGCACACCGGUAGUGGUGAUGCGUCAUUUGCGGCUCCCCAGCACCCACAAGGCACAGCUAAGACCAACUAUGUUCACUCAUACAACCGCGCAGCUUUGUGUGACUCUGUGGACUAUUUCAAGAGUCAUGAAGGGGGCAACUACCAUUUCAACAAGACCACCUUAGGUCUAUUGAUUGAUAGCCACGGAUCAAUCCGAGACUACAUUGAUGGCACAGUUGUUAUCACAAAUCUUGGCGGCGAGAAGAAGAGGGAUUCAACGACUGCGAAAAUGACUCAUGGGGAGAGCCAAACCAAGGAGUCAAAAUACUUCCAAUUCCUCACGAAUACUGUUUCACUGGGCCAUGCCGUAGUUAUCAUACUUGGUGAUAGGAACCCCAGGAGUCCCAUCAAGCCUGCGUUCCCGUACUCCGUCAUGGGCCACUUCAUGGUCACCGAUAUCUGGAGCGAGGCUUCGCUGGACCAUCAAAACAACAAGGUCGCAUUCUGGAUGGUUCGUCUCGAGAAGAUCCCUACCGCGCAGAUGUCAUGGUGGGUCAGUGGGACCGGAGACGACAGUCAUCUAUACGCUGUUGGGCAGAAUGUUUGCCCCAGCUUUAUCUGCUCUGAAUGCGGAAAUACCAGCAAGAUGAUUUACAACGAGGGGUGGACUUGCUUGAAACCUGAAUGCCCAAAUCAUUUUCAAUUCACGGUCGACAUCGGUUAUGGCCAGCAACAGUCCAUGGUACUUGGCAAAGUGCAUUACAGUACAACGUUCCUCCGCGAGAGAAAAGAUCCCAGUCUUUUGAUUCGUCACCCACUUGCGCCGCUUGUUCCUGCUCUGCCUACCAGAGCAGAUGCAGCUUUUGGCACAGAGAAAGAUUUCAAGAAGGGAAUUGUCUGCCCUCAAUGUCUCUGUGCGAGCCGCCGAGUUCGUUGGUGCCGGUGGGAGUGCGAGGAGCCUACCUGUGAUUUCACUUAUAGUGUUGAUUUUAACAUCUACUCUAUCGAUGAAGUGAGGAGAGAGACUAAGAUGGCCAAGAAAGCCAAGCCUAUGAACAAGGCCAUCGAGAUCAGCAACAUCGUCCAAGAGUGGACGACUACUAUUGCUGGCUACGAAGUCGACACAUACGCGCUGCCUGGUGAAGAUGGCACAGUUGUUGGCACAGUCUCUGUCCUUCAUGCCACGGAAGGCAUCUGUGCAAAACUGCAUGGCCCCGAUGAUAUGUACAUCAAUUUGCAACAAAGAGAUCUGAAGUUGCAGCGCAAGACAGCAAGACUUCAUGGUAACCGUGGUGAAGAGCUUACAUCCCACUUCGCUAGCAAUUGGGGUGCUCCGUACAAAUUUGGCGUGAUGGUUGAUACUACCGGCUUUGAUGAAGCUCCCGAGGAGAUACUUCGCGGUGUCUCUCAAUUGACCUGGGCUCAGGGGCAGAUCAUCAAUGCGAUUGAUCAGAAAAUCCAGGAUGACAGCAUCCAAUACGCAGCGACUUCGAUGUCCCUGAGAUCAGAGCCCUUCAAUGAACUCUUGUCAUUGGGAUACUUUGAAGACUGCGUCAUCAAUUAUCACGACGACGGAGAGAGAGAACUCGGGCCUACAGUUGCCAGUCUUUCUCUUGGUUCGCCUUCAGUGAUGCGUUUCCGACCCAAGAAGAGGAACUCAAUUGGUCAUACACCAAAGACGCUAGAUGACAAGUCGAAGAACAAGCCCGCCGUGUUGAGUUUUCCAUUGUACCAUGGUGACAUAUGCAUCAUGCACGGCACAGAUGUUCACAGGCUCUAUGAACAUGAGGUAAAGCCUAAUGGCAUGCUGCGGUAUGCCAUGACUAGCCGAUAUAUUCGACCUGAAACCAUCAACGACGAGGCAGUUCGCGCAGAUGCCCUGAUCAAAGGCAAACUGCCUGCGGGUAUAGAGGCUCUGGCCUACAAGGGCCAAGACGAAACCGGCGACUUGAACGACAUGAACGCAGAAGUAAGCUCUGUUGAAGCUCCUGGCACGUUGGUAAUGGACAGCAGUACAGUUCAAAGAGGUCAAGCGGACGAGCGUGCAGACAACGAUGUCUCCAAUGACUCGGGGGACAUACCAAACGCGGACGACCGCACGCAAGCUGACGCCGAUGCCAGUGUGCCUACUCAACUCUCUCAAGGCAGUAGCAUUUCACAAGCUACCGCACUUCUGGACGACCUCUGUCUCGACGCAGAGUAUCUUUCGCGGCUCUCACCGCAGCAGAAGCGAACCCUCGGCAACCGGCUGAUUAGAAUGGGUCUCACUUGCCACGAAGCAAUUGAGGAGAAUUGA